UGGAUUGUGGUGAUUGGUUGCAAUUAUUGCUGAUUCAGCAAUGUUUGAAACAUAAACACGCCUCCUUAUUUUGUACUUUUGACCUUUUUGGCUUUUUGGCUUCAAGAACUUAACCAGGAACAAGACACAUCAUAUCCAUGACUACUACUAAAAGAAGGCCUUUCUGUCACCCUAGUCCAAAUGAAGAGACGUACCUUCGUCAGUUAAAGCUAGAGGAGCGUCGCAAGGCCCGACUGCUCCAGGUGAGAGAGCAGGAGAAAAGACUAGCCCGACAACUUAGAGAGAAGGUGAAGACAAAGAGAAAGACGGAGAGAAAAGUCCUCCAGGAACAUGUCAACACUGUACUAGCUGAGGCACAUGAGGUGGAGCUGAGAGAAUUGGAGGAAAAGUACCUAUCCAGAGUGAACAGUGUGGGUCAGGGGCACAGGGACGCACAGCAAGUCAACGAGGAGGAGAAUCGACUGCAAGAGCUGAGGCUGUUAUUGCAGGCCAAGCAGAGGUGGCGUGCCCAAGACAGGCAUGCUGCUGCCAUGAAAGAGCUGACUGAUAACCAACUGAAGAAAAAGCAGUCUAGAGAGCAAGCUCUUCACUACAGGCAGCAGGCUCUUCAGGCAGAGAAGAGGAGGGCAAACCAACUGGCCACUACCAAAUCUCCUACCAAUAAGAUGAUUGUCAUGGAUUUUGCAGUUGAUCGAGGUCGUCGUGUGCAGUUCAAGGAGGCUGACAGUUUCUCCAGCAGUUACUAUCACAUCCACAACCCUGUCGUACAGAGACUGGGAACCUCUGAUGCAGCACAGCCAAAUGCUCAAAAGAUGGCCGAGCUGCAAAUGGAGCAAGACGACAAAACUAAACAAAGUGUGGCUGCCCUACAGCAGGAGCAUGAUGAGAAGGCCAGACUGAGGUACAAGCACGCCAUGGCCAAAGUCAAACUGGAAAAGGAGAGAGCUCAAAUGCUGGUUGAGUUAAAGAGCCUAGAAAGGGAAGACAGAUCCACCAGGCAAAAAUCCCUUGCUAAAAUGCCUACAAACAUGUUUCAGCCUACCCACCAAAGAAUUGAAAUGGCCUCUGAGCAGCAGAGAGAAAUGGAGGGAGCUUUUGAGAGACUGUUUGUCCGACCACAACCACAACAAGGUGCUUCAGUAUCACACAGCCUGGCAGAUCAUUCUACGCUCUCCUCCUUGCCAGAUCUCUCCAUAACUGAUCAGAGUUCCACCACACACAGUGAACCUUUGCCAGAGGGAGAUAACUACCUGCGGAUUUUGACAGCUUCUCCCAAGGCCACUCCGGACAGUGGUGUACACAUUAACAGUAGUGUACCGUCCACAGAGGAGUCAGUUCAGCCUCAGAGCACUCAGGAGUACGAUGGUGGCAUGACUGAUGAGACUGAGAAUGUUACUGGCAGGCACGAUAUACUACACACUCGAGAUAGCAUGACAUCUUCAUUAAGCUCCUCUAAUGACGAUUCCAGACCCCACCAACUCUCACAAUCGAGACAAGCCUGGCCAGCUUCACAAGGGGCAGGCAUUAACAGCAGUGAAGGUGUGUCUACCAGAGGAGCAUCCACUCAGACCCAUCGCCCCAAGCAGUACCUUGUCAGACCCAGCUUUGUUUUGGAUAGGCCUGAGCUCACGGUGACAGACACGACUUCCUCUGAUGACCAGAGCACAGGAGGAGGGGCCACUGGUGAGAGGAGGGGACCAGCAAAGAGUAGGAAAGGUGAGGGAAUGAAGACACUCCUCUCAAUGAUUCAAGCCCAACAUCAAUCCUGGAAUGAUCGUCUCAAAAAAAGGGAAGAGCUCAUCAAACCUCUCUCACAGUCAGAGGACGAGGGCACUGUGGACUCACUCUCAGUCUACUCACUCUCAACAAGGGAGUCAACAGCGUCCCCCAGUGAACAAGUACAGCAUCCAACUCAACAAUCUGACCUUUCAACUAGCUCUAACCAACUCAGCAUUUCUCAAUAUCAAGCAUCUCUUGAAGCCUCAACACUUCCAAUGGCUCCCCUAUCCCCACCACCACACUCUCACGCCAAGGCUCCGCAAUCUGACCUUUCAACUAGCUCUAACCAACUCAGCAUUUCUCAAUAUCAAACAUCUCUUGAAGCCUCAACACUUCCAAUGGCUCCCCUAUCCCCACCACCACACUCUCACGCCAAGGCUCCGCAAUCUGACCUUUCAACUAGCCCUGACCAACUCAGCAUUUCUCAAUAUCAAACAUCUCUUGAAGCCUCAACACUUCCAAUGGCUCCCCUACCCCCACCACCACACUCUCACGCCAAGGCUCCGCAAUCUGACCUUUCAACUAGCCCUAACCAACUCAGCAUUUCUCAAUAUCAAGCAUCUCUCGAAGCCUCAACACUACCACCACACUCUCACGCCAUCGCAACUCAGUCUGAUAUUUCAACUAGCUCUAACCAACUCAGCAUUUCUCGAUAUCAAACAUCUCUUGAAGCCUCAACACUUCCAAUGGCUCCCCCAUCCCCACCAUCACACUCUCACGCCAAGGCUCCACAACCAUCACACCUUCACACCAAGCCUCUCACAAUACCUCACCCCCUAGCUCGACACACACAAAAGUACGAGUCAACUACAAACACGCAAGUCGAACCCACUUCUCCACAACCGCCCCCAACAGCAAAUCCUUUUCAAGAAUAUGCCCACACUUUAAUUGUCAAUGAGAACAUCCCAGAGACUGUAUUGUCAUCCAGCGCUGCACACAAACCAUUGCUCUCAGUCAGUGUCGACUCUGAGGACAAGUUUGAUAGCUGCCUGUCUUCACCACGUGUACAGCUGCCACUCUCAGCACCUCCUACAAGUGCAACACAAUCCAUGAAUAUUCACUCCACAAACACAUACGAGGACUCGCCAAAUAUGCUCGAAUCAUCAAGUUUAGAAUUCACUCCACUUCCUAUGGACAACAGAGACGUCACUCUCCCACAACACUCUGAUGACAAUCCUGAACUCUCUAUACUAACGCUGGACAGCACACAACUGAGCCUCACAGCCCCCUCUCCACUCGUCACACACACUACCACUCACCGAGAGCCUAUCAACACAGUCUACGAGCCUCCCACACAGACGAGCCCUUUAAUGGCUACCUCAACACAACCUGAACCUCACGAGAGUGCUGCUAAGGAGUUGAGUAUUCUAGAUACGAUUGAAGAAACCGAUACUGAGAUGGUGAACAAUUCCGACUCGUUUAGAGGAGAUAGGAUGCAAGAUGAGCCACCACUGAGUAUUACUGGUCUGGACAGCACUGAUUACAGCCAUCUAAUAACCCCUGGCCUGGCUGAGACCACACAUAGCCCUCAGCACACCUCUCCUGUGAAUGAGCAGUCAAUCCAAGCCCCCACAACUCAAAGUACAUGUAUUAUGAGGAAAUACAAUUCUCCUACUACUGAAACUAUGACUGCCAUGCCGUAUUCACCAACUGUACGCUCUGGACUCGGUCUACAAGAAGCUUUUAUGGAAAAAGAUGAUUCUUCUCCCACUGAAACUACAACUGCUGUGCUGUAUUCACCAACUGUACAUUCUGAACUCAGUCUACAAGAAGCUUUUAGGAGAAAAUUUGAUACUCCCACUUCUGAAACUACGAAUGCUGUGGUCAAUACACCAACUGCACACUCUGGACUCAGUCUACAAGAAGCUUUCCUACGUAGAAAGAAAGAAUUUGUCAAGAAAUCGCAACGAAGACUUAAACAAAUCAAGGCCACCAUUGAAAAGCAGAAAGCUCAACAAACAUCAACUUCGAAACCGACUUCUGGUCACAAGCACAGCACUGGUGAUACAUAUACGUCAAAAGAGUCUACUUCCAAAUCCUUAUUUGGUAGUCUCCAGAGACAGGAACUGGAAUCUGGAGUAGAGAACCGGCGACGUGUGGUGACCUUCUCAAGCCCUUUACUUCAGAACCCUGAUAGUACUGGGACUUUCAAACCACCAGUCAGACAUAGAGGCCAACCUACUGACUGGAUGUCCUCUCAUGAUAGGGAGCGGAUAAAAAAGACGGAAAUGAGAGAGAGAAACAAAAGGUUUUAUUAUAAGCUGCCUGAAGUGCGUAAGAGGAUGGAAGAGGAAACAAGGAAGCAAGUAUACAGUGUCAACAGGGACAAGGCCCGGAGCUAUCAAGAGAAAAUUCGUUCUAAAAUGAAGAGUCAAAGAGCAGUAGCAGGGAAGACACAGCCAAAAGUAGUAACAGAUACAUGUAGCACAAAAACAAAGACUAAACCACCAUUUAAGUGACAUUUUUAGAAAUCUAAAUAAUUAUUGUUUUUGACAUCUAGCUACUACAAAAGGACAAGUGUUUGUGACUAUUAUAAAAGUUUACAUUGACA